GUCAUCGUAGUAGGAUUUAUAAAUAAGCUGACCAUACAGUGGAGGGUGUUGAAUAACCAAUGAUCUAGAAGCCACACAACGAUUGGUCAUGGCUGUGCACGACGGAGGGGCUAGUGAUAUGAAGGGGACUGCAAGUGUCCAACACUUACUUUGAAAACCUUGCAUGUGCAAGAGAGCUAGAGGGUGACUGGAGCGAGACACACAAUGUCCCAACCGAUUUGGAAGUAACACACGGAACAGCCUGUAGCCUGCAAUCUUCUUAGUCCUUACUCAAUUAUCAUCUUGCAAUUUAAAGUCGUUUCGGGGCUUAAUCUGGAUAUUUGUGCUGUUGAGAAUAGUUUUGAGCACUCGCAUCAUGGAGUACACCACUUCCCCAAAGCCUCAGCUCUCUUCAAGGGCGAAUGCCUUCUCCAUAGCCGCACUCAUGUCAAGUGGGAAACCGAAAGACAAGGAGUCGGAGGAAAAUACCAUCAAGCCGCUGGAACAAUUCGUAGAGAAGUCAUCGUGCCAUCCAAACAUCAGGGACCUGUCUUCGUUGGAAGCCCACGGAGACUUCAGCGGCAGCGGCGCUCCGUUAUGUACGGAGCCGCUCAUCCCCACGAGCCCCGGCGUCCCCAGCGAGGAGAUGGCCAAGAUCUCCUGCAGCCUCGAGACCAAAGAACUGUGGGACAAGUUCCACGAACUCGGCACGGAAAUGAUUAUCACAAAAUCUGGAAGACGAAUGUUUCCGACAAUACGUGUGUCAUUUUCCGGAGUGGAUCCGGACGCCAAAUAUAUCGUACUAAUGGACAUCGUUCCGGUGGACAAUAAGAGAUAUCGAUAUGCCUAUCAUAGAUCCUCGUGGCUUGUGGCGGGAAAGGCAGAUCCACCUUUACCAGCUAGGUUGUACGUGCAUCCAGAUUCGCCGUUUACAGGAGAACAGCUGUUGAAACAAAUGGUUUCUUUCGAAAAAGUGAAGCUUACAAACAACGAAUUGGACCAGCACGGUCACAUCAUCCUGAACUCCAUGCACAAGUACCAACCCCGAGUUCAUAUCAUCAAGAAGAAAGAUCACACCGCGUCACUUCUUAAUCUGAAGUCUGAGGAGUUUCGUACAUUCGUCUUCACUGAGACAGUUUUCACUGCAGUCACUGCUUACCAGAACCAGCUGAUAACCAAACUGAAGAUUGACAGCAACCCUUUUGCUAAAGGCUUCAGAGACUCCUCCAGACUCACGGAUAUUGAGAGUAGGGAAAGUGUUGAGAGUUUGAUCCACAAGCAUUCUUACGCCCGGUCGCCCAUUCGGACUUACACUGGUGAUGAGGAAACCUUGGGUGAAGAUGGGCUCUCUGCACACAGUAGAGGUUCAGCAUUCACCGCAUCAGACAACCUCUCCCUCAGCUCCUGGGUCACUACAACGUCUGGCUUCUCGGGUUUUCAGCACCCUCAGUCUCUGUCUGCCAUCGGAACCAGCACAGCGUCCUUGGCCAGUCCUCUUCCUCACCCCAUCCAGGGCUCUCUACCCCCUUACAGUCGACUGGGCAUGCCUCUCACCCCAUCCGCCCUGGCCAGCUCCAUGCAGGGCAGCGGGCCGACCUUCCCCUCCUUCCACAUGCCACGCUACCACCACUAUUUCCAGCAGGGGCCCUACGCCGCCAUCCAGGGACUUCGCCAUUCUUCCACAGUCAUGACCCCGUUCGUAUGAUUCCUGUCACCUCAGCCUGAUAAGAAUUCCCCAUUACUGGCAUGCAAAGACAUACGCCACCCAUACACAUGCAAACAACAUGCUUUCACGAAAGGAAGAACCACAUGUAAAUAAUACAUACACAGAAUUGACUAACGACCCGGACGUGCUGCUUCUCGCAGUUGUGCUGGAGAAAAGGUGAACGAAAUGCCCAACGGACACGGAUUCUUGUAAAAGAGAACUUUAAGCAUGAGUUUUUAGCAUUGAUAAGAGACUCAGAGAUCCGUCUUCAUCUGCUAUUCAUCUGUGAUAAUGCUACCUUGAAAGGGAUAAUACACCAAAAAAUUUAAAAUUCUUUCAUUAUUUAAUCACCCUUGUGUUUUUCCAAACCUGUAUGACUUUCUUUCUGCUAAUGAGCAUAAAAGGUGUUUCGGUGCCAGAUUUCUUCAGAAUGUAUUAUUUUGUGUUUUGGAAGUCAAUGGGAGGCAGCAUUUUACCAAAUAUCUUCUUUUGUGUUCUACAAAAGGAUAUAAAGUCAUGCAGGUUUUGAAUGACGUGCGGGUGAGUAAAUGAUGACAGAAUUUUCAUUUACAUUAUUGGGUGAACUAUCUCUUUAAUGAUGCGUCUCAUUGCCUUUAUCGCCACCCAGCGCCAAAUGAGUGAGAAAGUAACACUGGACUACUGCUUUUCUCAUUCCCCGUGAUCUAUCAGUUCUUAAUGAUGCGAUACAGUAUCUGUGGAGCUGCCAACCACUCAGCCCUCGUGUUCCAACUGUCGACACUAGAGGGCGCUGUGCUAUAUGAAAACCGCAGGACUGGAUGGAAACAUGUGGACCCAAAAAUGCUGGACAGGUUGAUUUUAUCUUUCUGCUCUGAUAAGUUUCUUUUCUUUAAAAACUGUUUAAGGCAUUAAAAUGUAUUUUAUAUUUAAAAAGACUGUUCUCCAGGAUAUUGAUAUUCUGUAAUAAUUUACUCACCCUCAAUACAUUUUUUAGUUUAAAAGACAACAGUGUGAUGAGGGUGAACUGCAACCGAUAUGAACCAGCGGACAAUGUGAGGCCAUUUCUACAAGUAACAACCAAGAAAACCAGAGGAAAAUGGACAGGUUUUGGAACUGGCUAAUAUUUCUUUCCAGUACCAGAAACUGAUCUUAAGCCACUCGAGGCUGCUUGUCAUCAGCCAGCUUGCAGGAAGUCUACACCUGUAAAUAAUGGGCUACCUUUUAAAUAAUAGUCUCGUCUUCCCCGGGGGAAUGAGGGAAAUUGGGUGAUUUGUGGCUGAAGUGUUCCUAUUUGUACAGUCACAUCGACGACAAUUCAUCAGCAUCCUGUAACCAGAUCACAGAGAAACAGCACUAGCUGUAAUAGGCAGAUGAAGAGGAACUGGAGUGUGUGUGUUUCUGUGUGUGUGUGUAAGUGUGAGGAAGUUGAUGCUGCCGUUUUUAUUUAUCCUUCAAAUUUGAACAGAACAGACAAGCAUAAAUACACAAACAGAGCCACACAAUACAGAUAUUCAGUCAAUCUUUCUGCAUUUCAGGGUUCAGGGUGUUUUAUUUAGAUUGAAUGUGUUGUUGUCUAAAGUAAAGCUGGUAAAAAAAAAUGCCCACCAUUUCAACCUUUGAUUUGUUAUGAACAGACAGAGUUGCAAUAUAUUAGCAAAUGUUUUCUCUUUAUUCCUGUUUUUGUUUGUUUGUAUGUAUGUAUGUGCGUAUUUCUAAACCAGCUGUAUCCUAUCUAUAAGGAGAUGUCUGACCAUUUUUGUUUUGAUGCCUUUUUUAAGUGCAAUAUAUUUAUUUCAGCUAUAAAAAGAUAUGGCUAAUGUAAUAUUUGAUGCAAUGAUAGAUGUUAUUUGUAAACAAAAAGAAAUAUAUAUCACCCCAAAAUAA